CAUUUGUUAGAACUGGCGACAGAGACGUUAACGUAACCCCGGAAUCUCUCUCUCUCUCUGUGUUAGAACAGGGAGAAUUCAGAUCUAGCCCCGUCUUAACGCUCAAAAUGCGGGUUCUCUAGUGACUCUUCUCAGUUUUUAAACCAGUAAAAAAUAGCGCAUAGCCAUUUGUUAAGUUCGAGACCAUGUGGAGGAGACCAGUGAAUCCAUCUCGAAGACUCGGGGACAGCGGGGGAGGCGGUUUGCUUGCCAAUUCCAAAUCGCGGUCUUCUCCGAUUUUAUCUGUUGGGCUUAUUGUCUUGGGAGCACUGCUUUUUAUUGCCUAUUCAUACGGCAACUCAGGUGCAUCUGGCAACAAUAUGGAAGCUAUAAGCAGGGUUGAAGGUGAUUACUCGUGCACUGCAGAGGUCCAACGAGCAAUUCCUAUUUUGAAGAAAGCAUAUGGAGACAGCAUGCAUAAAAUUUUGCAUGUUGGUCCAGACACCUGUUCGGUGGUUUCUAAAUUGCUUAAAGAGGAGGAAACUGAAGCCUGGGGCGUGGAACCAUAUGAUAUAGAGGAUGCAGAUACUAACUGCAAAGCUCUUGUCCGCAAAGGCGUUGUGCGUGUAGCUGAUAUCAAGUUUCCUCUUCCAUAUAGGCCAAAAUCGUUUUCCCUUGUAAUUGUUUCAGAUGCUCUGGAUUACUUAUCUCCAAGAUAUCUCAACAAGACCCUUCCUGAUUUGGCAAGAGUAUCAGCUGAUGGUCUUGCGAUAUUUACAGGCUAUCCUGGUCAUCAGAGAGCUAGAGUUUCUGAUGUGUCCAAAUUUGGAAGGGCGGCUAAAUUGAGGAGCUCUUCCUGGUGGAUACGAUAUUUUAUUCAGACUAACUUAGAAGAGAAUGAAACAGCCGUUAAGAAGUUUGAACAGGCUGCAACAAAGAGAUCAUACGUCCCCAGCUGCCAAAUAUUCCACCUCAAGUCAUUCCAUUGACAUCUUGCUUCCUUUAACCUCAGGUCAUUUGGUCGACAUCUUGAAAUUCUUGGGUCAGUGAUUUUGAAGCUCCAAAGUGCAGCCAAAUCAGAUCUUUGGUUCUCAGCGGUAACAAUUUCUCUGGAAAAUGAUUGUCAUUAUAAUAUUCUGUUUGGUAAAACCGCAUAGUUAUGUUCUUCAUAUUAAAUUGUUGUAUGGAAUGAAGCAUGAAUCAGUAAUGUAUCAGCUCUUUCCAAGCUCACUGAUUGUUGUAACUCAAAUAGAGUUUUGGUAGACUGUUAUUCACGUGUAGCGUGUUAUGAUGUGAACCAAACUAGCACUGGAUUGUCAGUGAUCGUUGGAAAGAGGGAGCAUGAAUGUCAUUGUCUUGCAUAAAUUUUUGC